GAAGAGGAGUGUUUUUAAAGUGGAGUUCUGGACUCAGACCGUUCGGACCUCGGAGAAGGAGGCAUGGCGCUCUCGGCGGGGAGCGGCUUCUUGUCCAGUCUUCUCCUCCUCAUCUGCCUGUCGGAGGCGCUUCUUCCAGGGGUCGGCGCUCAGCACUGCGUGUGGCAUGGCGAGUGCGGUCAGUCCAUCAAGGUGCCCGAAAAAAAGUACAACUGCAGAUACACGGGGCCGCCCGUCCCCCUGGAGCCUGAUGGUUAUCAGCUGCUCACGGAGCUCUGUCCUGGAUUGGACUACGACAAUCGGAGCCUCUGCUGUGAUGCGGCCCAGCUCCGAACCCUCAAAGGGAGUCUGGAGCUGCCCCUCCAGUUCCUGUCUCGGUGUCCCGCCUGCUUCUUCAACCUGAUGACGCUGUUCUGCGAGCUGACCUGCAGCCCCCGCCAGAGCCUCUUCGUCAACGCCACCAAGUUCAACGCCUCCAACGUGGUGGAGGUGCAGUACUACAUCGGCCAGACCUUCACGAACGCCAUGUACAACGCCUGUAAAGACGUCCAGGCGCCCUCCAGCAACGUGCCGGCCUUAUCGCUGCUCUGCGGGAAGGACGCCAAGGCCUGCAACGCCACCAACUGGAUCCAGUACAUGUUCAGCACCGACAACGGACAGACCCCGUUUCCCAUCAUCCCCAUCUUCUCGGACGACCCGGUGUCGGGUUUCACUCCCAUGGACAACCAGACGUUCGGCUGCACCGAGGGCCUGGAGGACGGCUCGGGGCCCUGCUCCUGUCAGGACUGCUCCAAGGCGUGCGGCCCCAAGCCGCAGCCGCCGCCCCUGCCGCCGCCCUGGACCAUCCUCGGCAUGGACGCCAUGGUGGUCAUCAUGUGGAUCGCCUACGUGGCGUUCCUGCUCGUCUUCGCCGGCGCCGUGGUGGGAGUCUGGUGCUACAGGAAGAGAACCAUCAUGUCGGAGUACGGACCCAUUCUGGACAGCAACAACCCGCUGUCCCUCAACGGGGACGACCCCGGUCAAGCGAACGCCUCGUGCUGCGAAACGCUGGGCGAGCGCUUCGAGAGCGCACUGCGGAGCCUCUUCAGCUCCUGGGGCUCCUUCUGCGUGCGCCGGCCCCUCCCGGUCAUCCUGGGCAGCCUGGCGCUGGUGGCCGCCUCGUCCGCCGGCCUGGUCUACAUGCGCAUCACCACCGACCCGGUGGAGCUGUGGUCGGCCGCCAGCAGCCAGGCGCGCCAGGAGAAGGACUACUUCGACAGCCACUUCGGGCCCUUCUUCAGGUCCACCCAGCUCAUCAUCACCACCACGCUCAACGACCCCUUCAUGUACUCGCCGUAUCUGGGGGGGUCGGACGUCCCGUUCACCUCCGUCCUGGGCAAGGAGGUCCUGCAUCAGGUGCUGGACCUGCAGCUCGCCAUCGAGGGCCUUGUGGCCACGUACGAGGGCGAAGACGUCACCCUGAAGGACGUGUGCCUGGCUCCGCUGGCGCCGUACAACAACAACUGCACCAUCCUCAGCGUCCUCAACUACUUCCAGAACAGCCACGCCAUGCUGGACCACGAGAUCGGCGACGGCUUCUGGGUCUACGCAGACUUCCACAGCCACUUCCUGUACUGCGUCAGUGCACCAGCAUCUCUGAACGACACCACCAUGCUGCACGACCCCUGCCUAGGCACCUUCGGAGGGCCGGUGUUCCCCUGGCUGGCUCUCGGCGGUUACGACGAGACGAACUACAACAACGCCACGGCUCUGGUGAUCACCUUCCCCCUCAACAACUACCUGAACGACUCGGUCCGGGAGGGGAAAGCUCUGGCCUGGGAGAAGGAGUUCAUCGGGUUCAUGAAGAACUUCAGUAACCCCAACCUGACGGUGGCCUUCAGCGCCGAGCGCAGCGUGGAGGACGAGAUCAACCGGGAGAGCGACAGCGACAUCAGCACCAUCGUCAUCAGCUACGCCAUCAUGUUCCUCUACAUCUCCCUGGCUCUGGGCCACAUCCAAAGCUUCAGGAGGAUCCUGGUGGACUCUAAGAUCUCUCUGGGCAUCGCCGGGAUCCUGAUCGUGCUCACCUCCGUGUCGUCCUCGCUGGGCAUCUUCAGCUACGCCGGCGUCCCGCUCACCCUCAUCGUCAUCGAGGUCAUUCCCUUCCUCGUCCUGGCCGUCGGCGUGGACAACAUCUUCAUCAUCGUGCAGACUUACCAGAGAGACGAGCGGAUGCCUCAGGAGGAGCUUCACCAGCAGAUCGGCCGAAUCCUGGGAGACAUCGCCCCCAGUCUCUUCCUGUCGUCCUUCUCCGAGACCGUGGCCUUCUUCCUGGGAGCCCUGUCCAGCAUGCCUGCUGUGAGGACCUUCUCUUUGUUCGCCGGCUUGGCCGUGUUCAUCGAUUUCCUGCUGCAGAUCAGCUGCUUCGUCAGCCUCCUCGGUUUAGACGCCAGACGACAGGAGGGGAAUCGACCGGACAUCUUCUGCUGUGCCAAGCUGCCGGCCACUCAGGAAACCCGGACGGAGGGCUUCCUCUUCCGCUUCUUCAAGAAGGCCUACGCUCCGUUCGUCCUCAAGGAGUGGGUGCGGCCCGUCGUGGUGGCGGUGUUCGUGGGGAUGCUCUCCUUCAGCAUCGCCACAGUGAAUAAAGUGGAGAUCGGUCUGGACCAGAAGUUAUCCAUGCCUGACGACUCGUAUGUUCUGCAGUACUUCGAGAAGCUGAGCCAGUUCCUCCACACGGGGGCGCCGGUCUACUUCGUGGUGGAGGACGGCCUGAACUACAGCAGCCCCGAUGGCCAGAACGCCGUGUGCGGCGGCGUGGGCUGCAAUAACGACUCCCUGGUGCAGCAGGUCUACUCCGCCUCGCUCAUCAGCAACUACACCACCAUCGCCUACACGCCGUCCUCCUGGCUGGACGACUACUUCGACUGGGUGAAGCCUCAGUCCACCUGCUGCCGCUACUACAACUCCUCCGGGGAGUUCUGCAACGCGUCAGUGGUCAACCCGUCCUGCGUGUCCUGCCGUCCCCUGACUCCCAGCGGGAAGCAGCGGCCGGAGGGAGAAGACUUCAUGCACUUCCUGCCCAUGUUCCUCUCAGACAACCCCAAUGCCAAGUGUGGAAAAGGGGGUCACGCCGCCUACGCCACCGCCGUGGAUCUGUACCCCAACAACACGGGCGUGGGCGCCACCUACUUCAUGACCUACCACACCAUCCUGAAGGAGUCGGCGGACUACAUCGACGCCCUGAGGAUGGCUCGAGUCCUGGCGGGGAACAUCAGCCAGGCCAUGGGGCACCGGGUGUUCGCCUACAGCGUCUUCUACGUCUUCUACGAGCAGUACCUCACCAUCGCCCACGACACCGCCCUCAACCUGGGCGUGUCGCUGGCGGCCAUCUUUGUGGUGACCGCGGUGCUGCUGGGCUUCGAGCUGUGGUCGGCGCUGCUGGUCUGCGUCACCAUCGCCAUGAUCCUGGUCAACAUGUUCGGGGUCAUGUGGCUGUGGGGCAUCAGCCUGAACGCCGUGUCGCUGGUCAACCUGGUCAUGAGCGUCGGCAUCUCGGUGGAGUUCUGCAGCCACAUCGUCCGAGCCUUCUCCGUCAGCGUGAAGAAGAACCGGGUGGAGCGGGCGCAGGAGGCCCUGGCGCACAUGGGCAGCUCGGUUUUCAGUGGAAUCACUCUGACCAAGUUCGGCGGCAUCCUGAUCCUGGCGCUGUCCAAGUCCCAGAUCUUCCAGGUGUUCUACUUCCGGAUGUACCUGGCCAUCGUGCUGCUGGGCGCCGCCCACGGCCUCGUCUUCCUCCCCGUGCUGCUCAGCUACGUCGGUCCGUCUGUGAACAGAGCCAAGGUGUUUGCUGCGAACCAGCGAUUCUCCGGCACAGAGCGAGAGCGACUCCUCAACUACUAGCAGCAGGGUCGAGACGCCAACGGACAAAAUCAGCGUGUUGGGGGGGGGGGGGCGGACAUCGCUAACGCUCAUCAUCACGGCUCCUAUGCAUGGAUUAACUCAGGAAUACGCCGGAGGAGAUCAGACUGGACGUCCUCCUCCUCCUGCAGGGUGAUGGAGGCCUCAGCAGUGACAGUGGCAGUGAUCGCCUCCACCUGCAUCCCCAACUAAACCCCCCCUCCUCCUCCUCCUCACAUCUUCACUCGGACCUGUUCACAUUUGGGAGAACUCGAAAAGUGCUCGUUUUUUUAUAUACAUGUAUAAAUACUACCAGAAAAAUCUUUAAAAAAAAAAAAAAAACUGUUUUGAAAAGUGAAACUUUUGUAUAA